AUGAACGCCAAAUGGUUGGUUUAUGAUCAAUCACUGAGAUUUGUGAUAGCAUUGUCAUUUAUCGAAUCCCGGGAAAAAAUCUCCAAAGCAACUAUACUGUUAAAAUUAUAUGUAUAAAAAAAAAUUUAAUCAUCAAUUGUUUGAGUGUUUGUUUUGCACAUAGCUGUCAAAAAUAAUAAUUAUGAUAAAUAAUUUAAAAAAAUAUAAUAUCGCUUGCGAUAUUAAUUUUAGCGACGGUUUUAACAUUACACAUGCGCAGAAGCGGCCCGACCUCUCGUGGUACAGACAAUAAAUAAUUAGCUUAUUACACAUUAUUUUAUAAUUUUUAAUAAUAUUCAGAUAAAGUUAGGUUGCACAGUUGUAGAAGCAACAAUACAUUGUAAAACUUGCUCGCAUACUUUAAUAUAUAUUUUUGUUCUUUACAGUUUCGGUAUAUUUUUAGGUAUGUAUUAUGUUUUAAUAAUAUAUAAACAAUUACAGUCUGUAACAUAAUAUACUGGGAAUUCCAUGAGUUGGUGCAUGCAAGUACUGUACAUAUUAUAUUAUAUAUGCAAUAAAAUAAAGUAAAAAUAAAAAAUAAAAAAAUACUAACUUAAAUGAAUAGGUACACAUUUAAAAUACAAUAGUAAUGUUAAUUUCACUCUCUGGUCGCUAGUAUUAAUUAUUUAUUUAUGAUUUAGGUCGAAAUCAAUUUUUUCGUUAUCAUUUUAUGUUAAGGCAAUUUAUGUGAUUUAAAUAAAAAAAAAAAGUGCUGAUAAAUGGAGCCGUCUUUAAACGUUCGUUAUUGUAUCGAAUCAGUUCUCUUCCGUGUAUUAUUGGAUACUGCUGUCAAAAACAAAACCGAAUGUAUUUUCCCAAUUCCACAAUUUAUCGCUCUCAAUAAUUGCUGGCUGUUAUUAAUAAUAAUAAUUGUUAUGCUGGCUUCCCUUGAGAGAAUAGAUAACACAGUUGCACUCAACAACAAUAACAAAUUAUUUUUCUGGAAUGUUAGUUGUUUGGUUUGUAAUCGAUUUAUUCUGCACAAGUACAUAUGUUAAAAUAUUUAAACCUUUUUGGUUCUCCUUUUUAAUCUUACUCAACAAUCUUUUUAGAUUCUGAGUGGAGCGAAGAAGCUUAUUACAAAAGUUUUACAAAGAUGUUUAUUUAUUUAUAAUUUUUUUUUCUGUAGACAAUUUUUCUACCAGAAAACUUUUUCUGAUUUUUAGGUGUACCUUUUGUGAAAGAAAAUCUGACUUGGAAGGUACUUAAAACAGGCCAUUUUUCGAUUUUCCCAGCAAAUUUGAAUAACAUAGGAUAACCAGGAAAAACGGGAAAAUCGGUACAAUAUUAAACAAAUAUUAUUAAAGAAAAUAUAUAGUGCCUAUUUAAUUAUUUUACCAUAAUAUGGCAUAUAUAUUGUUGACAAAACAUCACUAUCAACUGAACUGCACUCAGAAUCGUUUUUCGUUAAUAAUGGCUUAUCGUUGCUUACAGAUAUUCAUUUAAUUACCUAUAACAGUGACUACACCCGUUUCCAUUAUCCUAAGACGUUUUUUUUUAUUACACUGUUUGAAAGAAUACUUCUUAAGCUACUUAUGUGUGAAAUAAAAAGUUGUCCGCUGGUUUUUCUUCUAUUUUUCCUAGUCCGUCAAGUGUCUGCCCGCUUAUUGUGCCACACGUCACAUUUUAUUUUAUUUUUAAGCGCCUUUUAGUUUACUUUCCUUCGUGUGUUUGUGCCUAUUUAUUGCCUGUCUAACGCCUACAUAUAAAUUUUAGGCACCACUGGGCUUCCUUAUCAAAUAUUGCAAGCAGAACGCAAGGUUUAUUGAUAAUAAAAUAAUUAUCUCAUAUCUAUAAACACUGAGCGGAACAUACGUUGUGAAAUUAUUUCUAGGUUAUUUAAAUUCAACGUACUAUUUUUUACAGUAUUAAACUACAUACAUUCAUUACCUAUUACAAUAUAAACGUUUUAAAUGUUUCGUUUUUGUUUUAGCCGUUGUCAUAUAUAAUAUAUAUACCUAUAAGGUGUUUUACCUGCGGGAAGGUAAUCGCUAACAAGUGGGAGUCUUAUCUCGGCUUGUUGCAAGCUGAAUACACAGAAGGGUGAAUUGUAUUAUUAUAAUUUAAUCAUCAAAUAAUCAAUUCUUAAAUUUGUCUUCUGUUACAUGACCAAUGGUUUAACUACAUAUUAGUACUUGGCUACACAUUACGUGGUCAACUAAAUUAAUAAAAGUACCUCUUUAUAUUGGUAUAAUUAUUAAGACAUGGGAUCCACCAAACUCACUAAAAGUCCUAUUAAAAAUAAUAAUAAUGAUAUAUUAAAUUUAAGACUCAAGGAGCUCAAUUAAGAGAACACCAAACAAUUUAUGAACUAUUAAAAAUGUUAGUUAUUUAAAAAACUAAAAAAAAAAAAAAGUUUUUAUCUUUUAUAUCAGUAUAACUUUUAUAGCUGUAUAUUUAGGAUACAAAAAAUUUGAUGACAAAAUAUUCUCUAUAAAUUUCAUAACUGGUACUAGUGUGGUAGGUACUUUUACUCUAAAGUUAAAUUUAAACUAAUUUUACUUAGUCUUCAUGAGUAUUGUUUAUGCAUAUUGCUUGGUGUUUGGACUGAGACAGUAAAUGCAGUCGUAGCGUCUUCUUAAACAAAUAAAUAUACUAGCCCUAUGUUGGCCAUACAUUUAUAUCUAAAUGCAUUAAUGGGCCAUUCUUUAAUUAAAAUAAUUGAAAUAUAAAGAAUUUAUUUUAUACAUUUUCACUUGAAGUUGACAUGUUGUACAUUGUACAGAAUUAUUAUGGUUUAUUAGACUUUGUAUUAACCUAUGUGGCAAUUUACAUAUUCUUUUUGUUUUGAUAUUUAUCUCUUCAAAAUUUACCUACAUAAUAUUAUAGUCUUGUAACUAUUUUAGAUUCUGAAUGUAGUGAAGCAUGUAUUGGUUUUACAAAGAUGUUUAUAUAUAUGUAUAUAUUUUUUUUAAUGUGAACACUACCAGAAAGCUUACCUCAAUGUAUAUAAUGUAGACCCUUUUUCUGAAAGUAAAUUUUUUUUGGCUGGUACUUUAGGGAGGUCAUUUUUUGAUUUUUCCAGGUGUAGUUUUCAACAAAUCGAAAAAAAAACAGAAAAAUCUAUACAAAAUUAAACAAAUAUUAUUAAAGAAAAUUAUAAUGCCUAUUUAAUUAUUUUACCAUAAUAUGAUAUAUAUGUAUAUUGUUGACAAAGCAUCACUAACAACUGAUGAACUCAGCUCAGAAUCGUUUUAUCGUUGCUUACAGAAAUUAAAUUCUCUUCUGUAUCCUAUCUUCCCAACUUUCCAUCUAUAACAGUAGCUGCACCUGUCCCCAUUAUUUAAGGACAGGCUUUUUAUUUUUUCUGAUUUUCAUUAAUUUAUAAUUUUUUUUUCUUUUGUUUUACAUGGCAAUAAUAGCCACUGGUCUCCUUGAAUUACUGUCAUGUUCUUCAAUUUGGAUCCCAAAUUGUCUUCUAUUUGACAUAAUAUUAUUAUGUAAUUUGGUGCUUAUUAAUAAUGUCCUAUAUAAAAUAGUUGUUGAAAUGUCCCAAAAUAUGUUCAAGAACAUAUAAAUAUUAAAUAUACAAACAAUAAGACUUAUAAUUUGGCAAAAUAUAGUUGGCUAUUUAAUUAUUAUAAUUAAUACCUAUAAUACUUUUACAUUUUAAUAUUACUUUAAAUCUCCUGAGUUUACUUUACAUUGUUACUUAAAUGUUAGAUAUAAUUAUUAUAUUUAAUCAUGUUUAUAAUUUUUAUUAUUUUGCUUUCAGGGAUGCUUUAGAUGCCCUUGGACUAAAGCGGUAUUGUUGCAGAAGGAUGCUCCUUGGUCAUGUCGACUUAAUCGAAAAGUUACUUAAUUACUCUCCUUUAGAAAAAUAA